UUGACCCAAAAUCUUCAUUUCGCGAGUUACGUGAUGACGUGAAUGGCUGAAGCGAUAAUGAGCUAAACGACAAUAUGGAAGAACCGGAUGAUAAUUCGGACUUUGAUGAUUUGUUUUUGCCAUUUGCAUUGUCCAGAGCAUUACAUAAACAAGGCAUUCAGUCCUCUGGUAACCAAAUAGGCUUCGAAACGAGCGGGGAAUAUGUUGAUAUUGUGCUCGACGACGACAACUCGAGCGAGGCCGGAGAUGUCCGCAGCGACAAAGGCCUCGGUCCGCUGGACGUGCUAUCCGAAGGUGGUGACCCAUCGUCUCUUUGCCCUUCUCCCUCGCCUCUGUCAUCCCUUAACCCUUCCGACUCUCAACCAGACUUGUCGGACCUGAGGCGGGCCAAUUCAUCUUGCCAACGUGCUAACAUUCUAGAUAAAUUGGACAGCUUUGAUAGCGUGGAAACGGAUCAAGAUGGCGGUGAAUUACGCGAUAGGAAAGAUUCCAUUUUGGACGGUCUGUUGUGUGAGAUUUACGACAGGUGCCAUGCAAGCACAAGGCCAAGUGUUGACAGUGAUGGCUUCACAGAGUGUUCAUCUGAUGGAGCUUAUCUUAGCAGUAAAGGAGACAGCUUUCAAGAGUCCUCGCGAUUGCCGAGAACCUUGUUGAAUGUAAAAUCCACCAAUGAUCUCCUGGACAUGGUUCGAGACCUUCAGCAUGGCACAGCUGUCCUGUCAGGUAGACUCAUCAAACAGCUAAAGCGGAGGGAUCGCUACCUAGCCAAGAGACAGAAGAACCAAGAUGUCCUCACAGCCAUGCUCCAAGCUGUUUCUCAGAAGAGAAGAGUGGAUGCCCAGCUGAGGUUCAGCAUUGAACCACUACCAGGGAAGAAGGCAUUUAGACAGUGGUACGAUGCGUUGAGAGCAGGGGCUCGUCUUCCAUUUGGACUGCCCCAGGAGUUACGUAAGGCCGUCUGGCUGAGCCUAGCAGACAAACAUAUCAAGCAUCUCAAAUUGGAUUGGGAGAAGACAGUUAAGGUGGCCUUCAAUGACCACUCCAAUCCAGAUGAUGACAAACUGGGAGUGCAGAUUGUGAAGGAUCUUCAUCGUACUGGUUGCAGUGGGUUCUGUGGUCAAGGAGCUGAAGAGGACCGAGUGGUGUUGAAGCGGGUCCUGCUGGCUUAUGCUCGUUGGAAUAAGUCUGUAGGUUACUGCCAGGGGUUUAACGUCAUUGCUGCUCUCAUACUGGAGGUCAUGGAGAGAAUGGAGGAUGAUGCACUCAAGGUGAUGAUUUUCUUGAUAGAUCAUGUCCUACCUGACAGCUACUUCGCAAACAACUUGAGGGCACUGUCUGUAGACAUGGCUGUAUUCCGUGAGCUCCUUCACUUCAAACUCCCUGACUUGGCCCAGCAUCUAGACAAACUCCAGAAAUCAGCCAACGAUGGCUUAUCAGGGAGCUAUGAGCCGCCUCUGACCAACGUCUUUACCAUGCAGUGGUUUCUGACACUCUUUGCAACCUGUCUCCCUAAGAAGCUGGUCCUCAGGGUCUGGGAUACCCUUUUCCUGGAAGGCUCGGAAGUUCUCCUCAGAGUGGCGCUGGCUAUCUGGGCCAAACUGGCACAACCCCUGUUAGAGAUCAAGAGUGCUGAUGAGUUCUACAGUCAGAUGGCUGCACUGUGCAGUGAGAUGCUUCAGGACCAUCUUAUAGAUGGUGAUGAUCUUAUUAAGACGAUAUAUUCCAUGGCAUCUUUCCCCUUCCCUCAUCUGAAUGAGAUCCGGGAGAAGUACAUGUUCAGCAUCACCCCCUUCUCCCCCCUCGGUGGCCUGGAGAAGACCUCCACCACCUCCGAGACCAAGUCACCUGUCACCGCCGUGGGUCCUAAGCGUAAGGAGGGACCAAGGGGGUACUCCCAACCCUCUGGUAGUCAUGGUAGCCAUAGUGAUGAGGAGACAGAGUUUAUGGAUGAGGAGGACCUGACCAAUAUGACAUGCUUCACAGGGCUCUUCCCUCCACAGUCUCCAUAUGCUAUUAAAGAGGCGGGUGAACGAUCUGAGUCCCAAGGAUCAGCGGCAGAUGAUAUCACUAAGGUCAGUCCUGGUGCCUACAGUACUAGCUCUGAAGACCUGACCCUUCAGUCUGCUGCCCUCAUGGAGAGGAUGACCAUGGAUGUCCAGUCGUUGAAGAAACAGUACUUACGCAUACAGCACAGACAGAUGAGGGCGCAUGUCAUCUAUGGACCCACUAGUAAAGCCGACAAGAGAGCCUACAAGCCAGUAUCACGCAAGAAGAACAUAGCUGUUGCAAUAGAGAGUCCAGCAGUCGUCAACCACUUACUUGUCGGGAAAGCAGGACUAGGAAAGAAGAAUGCCAAGAUUGCCUCUACACCUCAGAUUGCACCCCCAUCAAGGAAGGACUAUGGCGACGAUGACUUUCCAACCAAACGUGUGCAUGUUAACACAAAGCCAAAUGUAAAGCUUCUUUCCCAAGGGAAGGAAGAUAUUGAUAUUAAGAAUGAUCAGGGAAGGGAUGACAUGUCAGAACUGUCAAGUGUCUUUGAGGAUGGGGAUGAUGUCUCUGCAGGAAAUGGUCAUUCAUCAUCCCGGGAUGAUCUAACCAAGGAUCACCAGGACAGUUUGUCCAGCCAUGAAGGAAAGACAUGCUCUCAAGAGUCUCUGGAGCCUGAAAUUGGCUCGUUGAUUGAUCUUGGUUGGGGGUCGGACGGGGAGAGUCGUAGCAACGAGGAUAGCGAGCACAGAAAAAGCAGUAGUGAAACUGGGAGACAUCUUGAAAGGAAUGGCGUUGAUCAUGUUAGGUACAGCUCAACAUCGUCAGACAGUCCAGACCUAAAUGCGAAUGAUGUCUCCGGUAGUAGACCGAGGCAACACUUAGACUCGGAAAAGACCUUGAUCGGUACAAGCACAGAAAGCAUUCCAAAUAGCACAUCAACACCCGAGUUCAACUGCGCCAUUGAAGCAUUCAAUCCCAACCUCCCAAGUACUUCUCCAAGAAGACGAUCAAGACCGUCGGAAACAACGAGUCCCAGUGACAAGAGACCCUGGAUGGAAUCCAACGGGAUUGCAGCUCACGCUUCUCACCAAAACCCAGUGUCUGCCUCUACCAGCUGGCGACGAUGCAGCAGUGGAAGCUCCAGCUGUGAAGAGCCCACAACGCCCCCUGCUCGUGUAGUCUUCAACCCAUUCCCUAAACGGUCCCUCAGGAGUUCAGAGAGCAGGACAAGAACUCGGAUGAAGCUAGGUUUGUAUCCCACAAAGACCAGUGAUAAGAGACAAGACUUCUCUUCAAGGGAUGGGUCUACGGAACAGCUUCCACGUGAUAUAGCAAGGUCUAUUAAACUAGGUAGCUAGAAUUGGCACUUCCUUCAAUUUGUUUCCUUUCUUAUUGAGCUUACUUUUGACAAGUAUAAAUCUCAGCGCGAUAAUCCUUAGUUAUUUUAUUUAACCAUGUAAAGAAAAUGGAUUAAAUUCAAGAUUAUUUAGGUAUAGGAAUUUUUUGGGGAUACAAUAAAAUAUACUUUAUUGCCUUUCAAUUGGUAAGUUUGUUUUUAAUGAGCUGAUCUCAGCUCAUCUCAGAUCAGGCACUUUUUUGUUUAACAAUAACAAAUUAAUUAGAAUUGAUCUUUAUUUUGGUUUUAAUGAGAUGAAUGUUGUUGCUGUUUUUGUUUGUUUUUACAAACAUGUUUUUCCCAUUUAUUGAAGAGCUCAAACUGGUCAAACCAACAAAACAAAAACAAAAAUCCAUUUUUGUAGAGCUUAACUACAUCUUUGAGAUACAAUUAUAGCCCACAAUAGGUCCACACACAUUGACUCAUACCAGAGAAGGAGUAGCAAUAAACGUUGUAGAAGAAUAGCAAUAUGUAAAAAAAGAGCUACAAUCAUUAUCAGUGAACCUCUAUGUUUCCUAUAUGAGAACUGAUGAUCUAGAACAUUUUGGUAAGAUGGUUAACAGACUAACAGUACUGCUUGAAUUAUGAACCAGCUGUAAAGUACAAAGCUGCAUUGUACAACUAGCAUGCUGCUACAUUACUGCCUAAGUAUAUACAUCUUUAUUUUUGAUUUCAGUCAUAUUUUUCUGUUAUGGCUACGUUUUAGCCUGCAUGGUUUGUUCUGUUACACUACAGUGACUAAAGAUAUCCUGCAAAUUUAGACAGGGGUCCAUAGUAUUCGAGGAACCGUGGUUACUGUGCAUUUAUGCAUCUACUAUUACAUUGUAGUACCACAUGUUCACGAAAGCUGAAAAAUUUCAAUGUUCAACACAAAAAAUAUUGGAAAAAAUCACUUAGGUCAUAGAACAUGUAGUGACAUCUUGUACUAUCAGUAGAAUCUAUCUAGAUGGGUUUUUUUCCCUGCAUCUAGUGUGCGAGACCAAAAAAAAUGCAGAAAGAAAGAAAGAAACAAGUUGAAAUCAUUGAUGAAGCCUUCUUUUCAGUAUCAUUGGAACCAUCGUGGAUAAUUAUAUACUUUGCUGAAUUUCCAUUGAAGUUGUUUGGGAUGCUGAUUUUGAAAGAAACUUUGUCACAAUUUCAUUUUAUUCUUUAUGUGCAGGAGCAAAUUUGUUUAAGCAUUCUCUGAGCUCAUUAUAAAGCUAUGUGUACAAAACUAUUUAAUAUGAUAUGAUUAUAAACAUUAUUGUGUCUUCCUGCUGUUUGAACAAAACUAAAUAUAUGAAGAAUAUAUUUCUCAUCGUCUCUCUCGUGGCAUAUCAUUAAAUAUGUCAAAUAGUACUAGUAGAUGCAUGUUACUGAUCAUAAAUUAAUGUUAUAUAUCCGUUGAUGUGACAACGAUGCUUGAAAUAUCUAUGACUAUGGUCUUCAAAAAUGUUUGUUUUACUUAAAUCAAAUGUUAUUCAAGUUGAAAAGACUACAAUGUUUACAAAAACAUCAACAACUUGUUGAAUGUUGAUACUGUAACAUUAUUCAAAGACAAUGUGUUUAUAAGAAACUGAAGAACAAAAUUUAAGUAAGAUGAAGAGUGUAUUAACCUCCAAGGAAGUUUGUUUAUGUUUAUGUUGUAAUUUAUGUCUUUUGUAAAUUGGUAAGUUUUAGUUGGACUUUGGGGGCGACAAAAAGUUAGGCAGGAUACUAUAAUUGUUUGCUGUCAUUUUUACACCCAUUUUUGUUUGUUUAUUGCCUUACUUUUUUGCUGAAAUUCUUAAAUGUUUUAUUAAUUUAUGAUAUGUGAUACUAAGUACUUGAGUGUAUCCCACCCUGGCAAAGUGUCUCUUGUACUUGGUUUUUUCUUGUAUAUACUUCAAAUUUGUUAUUUUGUUUGCUGUUUUUUGUUUUAGUAAACGUCACAUUCCAUCUCUAUAAUGAUAUUUAUUAAUGCUUUACUCAGGCUUUAGUAAGCUGGGUUUGCAUGUUGUGAUAACACAUGUCAAUGUUUUCAAAGCUGUGAACUUGUAAAGAAUGAGGAUCAGAUAUACUCUUGUCUCAAUGUGUCAAUAGAAAGAGGUAUCUGAAGUUCAAGUGCAUGUCAUAUUCCUUCUCUUUUUGAAAACAUUAACACUAGGACUACUUAUUUGUUUAUUGUCUCAGUUCAUUUAUUUUGAUAGAAGAAUCUUAACAUUGGAGAAGUUGUAAAGAUCAGGUUCAGAAAUAGUCAUGCCUCUGAAUAAUUUUAAAAGGGCCCUGAUAGGCCCCUGAAUUUAUCUUCUGUUUGCUGUAAUGUUUAGAAAUUUAGCAUUGUGGCUGUUACCUCUGUCAGACCUGAGUCAUAAUCAUACCUCAGUCAUAUUGUCAAAGCUGUCACCCAACAUACUAUACACUAAACACCUGAUUUCAGCAGAAUGGCCAUCAAUGAGUUGGUUUGGGGUCAAAUAUGAGUCAGUUUAGUAGUGUGACUGUGUCAAUAUGAAAGUGGUCAAAAGAACAAACAUAGUACACCAUUAAAAAGCAGUUCUCUUUACUUUCCCUUUGGUUCUAGGUGUGCACAGUUGGUGUAUUCAUCUUAAUGCCUUUCAGAAAUACUCAUUGCCAUGACAGGGAUAGCUUAGGAUCAUGCUCAAAACAGUACAAUAUUCAUUUGCAAUGGGGUUUAUCCCUUUGAUUUUAUGAAGUUAGGAGCAUGCAGGGAAUAUGAUGUAACAGUAAGGACUGAUCUGUAGUAUAAAACGGCUCAAUUCAGAUGCCAACGAAAAAUCAGUCUUUAUAUUGAGAGUCAUUUAUGAAUAUUAACUUUAUAUAACAUUUUUAUUUUUUGGAGUACCCUUUUGACAUUUGGCUGAAAUCUUCAUUUUAAAGCAACGUGGUUCUUCUAGGUGGCCACAUUAUUUCUGUCUUUGCUGCAUACUAUGACAUAAUGAUAAUACCAAGGACAUUAUUUUGAUUCCUUCACUAAAUCUUGAUAAUUUUCUUCAAGCUUUCAGGGAUUUUGUCCCUUCUUACCAAAGCCAGAUUGUGAAACUAUCUAAGAACUGGUUGUCCAUGUCGAAUGUCAAAGGGCAAGUUCUAGCUAUUAUGUCUGUUAUACAUUACCAGUCAAAUCAAUGAUUUGAGUAUAUCUGAUGAUUGUAUUCAGACAUAAGCCCUACUUUGUUGUGGAUCAGACUAAAAUAUCAAGUACAAAUAUACUUUUCUGUUUCUAAUAUCUGUUAUAAUGUAUGGCAAGACAAGUGAUCAAACACACUGGACUUGCUCUAAAUAGCUGAUACAUCUGAAAACUGUAUUCAAUAUAUAUCAGAUCAGUAAUGUAUAGAGAGAUGAGAGCUCAUUCACACAAAUUACAUAGGUAACAAAGUAGAAGACUUGUAUCUACUAAUAGUUGAAUCUGCUGUACAGAAGAUAAAACCUUUAAAUAAUUCCUUCCCUUUCUGCAAUUUCAGUUUUCCGUCUUUCUGACAUAAUGCUUGAUUAGAUUUGUGCAAUACAAAAUCGGUUUGCAGUAUUUCAGCCUGGUUUUUAUAAGUAAAUACUAUAUAUUUACUAAAUGAGUUAUUCUUUAAUGCCAAACAUCUAAUUUGUAUCUGUAAUGAAGGAGUUGUUUUUUCAACUAAGAAAAUAAAACAAAGCUAUUAUUUGUGGAUAAUGUAGUAAUUAAUGAUGACUUUAAAGUAUUCUUCAAGCUUUCAUUUCAAAUUUUUACCUUUGGGAUUUCUAUUUUUAGUAUUUUUCAUUUUUUUGUCUUCAAAGAAACUAAGAUGUUAAAAAUAGAAAUUCGGAUUUGGGAACAAUCUUUCUUUCAAGAAUAAUAGUUGUAUGGUAAGAGAUGAAAAUCAAAGUAACAAAUUGAAAACAUUAUUGCUUAAAACCUUUAUUUGUUAUUAUCAUUUUAAAGUUAUUAUUCAUAGUAUUUUAGUUACUAUAAUGAUGCAGUCACGUUUAUUCACUUAAAAAGUGUAAUGAAUGUUAAUCUUUUACAGUUUCUUAUUCAUUCCUUGCAUAUACAUGUGGUAUUUAUUUCUCAUAAAUAGAUUUUCUGUAUGUUGAUUGUGUUCUUUCUGUACUAAAAGCAAGCUUACAAUAACCAUUUGUAUUCUAUACUCCAGUGUACUAAACUAUCAAUACUAUUGUACAAUUCCAUCUUUAUUCAUCUACUUGUAAUAUUUUUUUGGGGAAUAGUAUUUCAUUCUUGUGCAAUAUAUUUUUCUUGCUUUUCUUCUAUUCAAAUUCUUUCUCUGAUUUCUAUAUAUUUGUUGUAAAUGAAUUUCUCUUUAAUGUUAAAGUAUAACAUGUAUCUUCAUAUUAUUAUCUACAACUAUGUAAAAUGGUAUGAUAGUGGUAGAGAUAGUACUUUACACAUUUCUUACAACGACUAUUCUAUGACGAAAUGAUUAUAUAUAGACUCUUAAUGACAUUGAUAAUAAAAAUUAACAUACAUAUGAUAUUUA